AUGAUGCGCACUCUUCCUGUGCUUCUCUUGGUUGCGAAUGCUGGAUUUGCAGCUGCCUUUGCUCCUGCGUCCAGCAUUCUCAGGGCGCCCAAGUCGUUGAGAACGCAGGGAGUCAACACUGUGCCUUCUAGACAAGCACCUUCGUUCCUCAAGGUGCGAGCAGCUGCCUCCAUGCCCAUGGCUCCUGCUCUUGUGCCUGAAGGUGUGCCGUUGGAGAAGAUCCCCGAAUGGCGUAAGAACUUGGACCUGAAAGCGUGGGCUGACGAGGUCCGCGCGGUGGAGAAGGAAUUCAGACAGAACCAGGGAGAGGAAGAUGUGAAGCACAUGAAGAAGAUGCUCACCUGGUCGUACGUCCUGUACGCUAUCGGCCUGGCUACCGCUGGGUUUGCUGUGCUUCCUUGGAACCCGAUCUCUGCUCUCUGCUUGAGCACUGCUAUCUGUGUUCGCUGGACCAUGAUUGGCCAUCACGUUUGCCAUGGUGGCUACAGCGCUCAGGUUGGUGUCGACAGCCGAUUCCAUCGCUCCAAGUUUGCACGCGGCCCAAUCAGGAGGUUCAUCGAUUGGUGCGACUGGAUGCUUCCAGAGGCGUGGGAUGUGGAGCACAACUACAUGCAUCACUAUGAGUUGGGAGAAGGGUCAGAUCCUGAUCUCUUGGAGAGGAAUUCGCACAGCAUCCGUGUGUCGAAUCAGCCAAAGUUCCUCAAGUAUUUCCAGAUGUUCGCUCUGAUGGUCAUGUGGAAGUGGUUCUAUUACGCCCCCAACACUUUGAAGGAGAUGUUUGCUCGCCAAAAGCUAUUGGCAAGCAACAGGGGAGAUAACUCUGUCGUUCAGCCUUUCGAGCUCUCAAGGGCUCCUGGGGACUUCGGCGAUGUGUUUACUGAGAUGUUCAAACUCAAUUUUCUUCCUGCCAAAGUUGUCUUCUCCUGCUUGGCACCCUACUUCACUGCUCACUUCGUCAUCACGCCCCUGAUCUUCUAUGCUCUCUUUGGGCAUGCUGUCGCCAUGACUGCGUUUGCCAACCUUCUCCUUGCUGAAGUGCUCACCAACAUUCACUCCUUCAUCAUUGUCGUUCCCAAUCAUGCUGGAGAAGAUGUUUACAGAUUCAAGACCCCCGUCAAGGUCAAGAGCGAUGAGUUCUAUUUGAGAGCUGUCAUCGGGUCUGUGAACUUCCGCACUGGGGGCAACGUCAACGACUUCAUGCAUGGCUGGUUGAACUAUCAGAUUGAGCACCACAUGUUUGCGGACAUGUCCAUGCUCUCGUACCAGCGAAUGGCUCCCAAGAUCAAGGAGAUCUGUGACAGACAUGGCGUCCCCUAUGUCCAGGAGAAUGUGUUCACGCGUCUGCGAAGAACCUUGCAGAUUGGGGUUGGCUCUCGCUCGAUGAAGGUGUGGGAGCGAGGAGAUUAA